ACCAACAAGCAUGUCCAAAGAAGAUAAAAAAGGAAUCUACAUUAAAUAUUUUAUGAAACAGUUUCAGACUUUUAAACAUUGUAACAUUUGCUCUAAAUGUGCGCUAUAUUUAUGAAAACCCCCUGUAGUAUCCAACACGACCGUCUCGGAUUUUAAUUAACAGUUCGGAGGGAUCUAAUGUAACCGUAUGGUCCGUACUUGGGUCCGUACCAUACCACAGGUAGAUCAAGCCUCCUUGGUAUACACUAUACAUAAGCUUUAUACAUGGUUUACUAAACACCUGGUUUCACUUUUAUUCCACCUUAAAUACUUUACAGUUCAGUAGCUACAGCAGAGGUAUUCAGUGGUGGGUUUUACUUAUAAACAUUAAACGUGAAUUCGUCUUAUUCUUGGACGCGUGAUAAUUCUAUUAUCUGACGUGGGGAGUAUUUUAUGAAUAUCCAACUUACCAGAGCUGUAGUAAUCUAACCAAUAUUUUUUUCAGAUAGAAAAAUAAUGAAAAUAUUAUAGAUAAACUAAAUAUGCAGUGAGUUUCGUCCGUCUGUCAUUAUACUACAUCAUGCAGAGACGUCAUUGGGUUAGGCUAUCACGGCAUCUAUGGCCUUUUUUUCUUGUUUUUCUGAUAUCACUCUCCUUUCUCUUAUCCUUUCACGGAGAUACCGAUCCACAAAAAUAUUCUAUCCAUGAAACCUCUCAAAAUAAACUUGAAUAUCGCGCAUUAGAUGAAGAAUCAAGAAAUAUGGACUUAAUUAUUUCCGGUGACAGUUUAACGACACGAGAAUCACUUCCGGGAGAGAAAAUCCCAGAUAUUGAUAUCAAACAUGAAUCUGGAGAUAAUGAUCUGGAUUCGUCAAAAUCAUCCAACUUUAAGGUUUCAAAAGAGUUAGUGAUCAACAAUUUUGGAGAUAACAUAGACUUAAUCAUGGAGAAAGAUCGACAGCGGGAUAGCGAUGAGAAGGAUCUUAAAUAUAUUCUGCACUGGAACGAGGCGUAUGGUGGGAAGGAGUAUGAUAUCGGGUUCGGACGUGAACCCUUCUACUCUAGCCUUUGCCCGGAGACGAGAUGUGUUACAACCCAGGACAGGUCUCUGAAAAAUCUGGAGGACUUCGAUGCAAUUGUUUUCCACCAACGUUCUUUAGACUGGACGGAUAUACCAGAGAGGGAAAAGAGACGUCCUCUUCAAAGGUAUGUGCACUUUAUCAUGGAGUCAGCUCAGUACCUGUACAUGGAUAUUGCUCCUAUGAACAAUUUCUUCAACUGGACAAUGACGUACAGAAGAGACUCAGACUUCUAUAGACCUUAUGGAAGAGUAGUCAAGAUAAAAGAUCAUCCUGAGGGGGAUGAGCUGGAUAGGUAUAUCAAGGAGUUCGGAGAGAAUAAUAAACAUCUUGCUGAAGGGAAAAAUAAAUCCGCUGCAUGGUUUGUUUCCCACUGUGCUACCCAGGCAAGACGAGAACUAUAUGCUAAGAAGCUAAACAAACAUAUGGAUGUCGAUAUAUACGGAAAAUGCGGGAAAUUCAAAUGUCCGCGAACAAAUGAGGACAAAUGUUACAAGGAUAUGGCGAAGAAUUACAAGUUCUAUCUCUCAUUCGAGAACUCGGUUUGUGAGGAUUAUAUUACGGAGAAAUUUUACCGUAUCCUCAAGUACAAUGUAAUCCCUGUCACGUACAACGGAGUAGACAUGGAUACGUUUGCUCCGUAUCACUCCUACAUCAACACUUUAGACUUCAAGGGGGUUUCAGUGUUGGCUCAAUACUUACAAAAGGUGUCUGAGGAUCCGGCUCUCUACGCGUCCUAUUUCUGGUGGAAGGAUUUCUAUGAAGUAAGGGAUAGAAAAGAAGAUUUAAAUCAGGCAUUUUGUUCCUUAUGCUCAGCCCUGCAUGUGAAUAAAGAGGAGAAGGUGUAUUCAAACCUUGAUAACUGGUGGAUAAAUCAAUCUAGAUGCAGAAAACUUAAACUUGUCUAGGUAUAUUUAAACUUUGUAUUGUUUAAGAUAUACCGAGAUACCUAGUUCUUAAUAUUCUUAUAUUCGAUCUUUAUAUAUUACCUAGAUCUCAAAUUGUAUCAAAAUUUCUAGGGUUUAAUAAAACUAGAUGCCCGCUUCUAGCAGUAACUGAAAUUUUUUUAAACAGGAACCCUAAACCUGUCUAUAUCUGUCUAUAUCUGGAUAAAUCUUUCUAUAUCUUUCUAUAUCUGGAUAAAUCUGGAUAAUUUCUAGCUACCUAUAAUAGAGGAAAACUAAAACUGUCUAUAUGUGAAUACCUAAAGUGGAAACCUAAACCUAUCUUUAAUCUAGAUAUAUCUGAUUACCUAAAUAGAGAAUAUAUACCUUUAUCUAGAUAUAUAUUUUGUUACCUAGAUAGAGGAUAUAUAAGUUUGUCUAUAUAUAGAUAUAUCUGGUUAUUUAGAUAGAUGAUAUAUUAGCUUGUCUUUAUCUAGAUAUAUAUUUUGUUACCUAAAUAGGAUAUAAGCUUGUCUAUAUAUCUGGAUAUAUCUGGCUUCCUAGAUAGAGGAUAUAUAAGCUUGUCUAUAUCUAGAUAUAUCUGGUUACCUAGAUAGAGGAUAUAUAAGCUUGUCUAUAUAUUUAAAUAUAUGACUUCCUAGAUAGAGGAUAUAAGCUUGUCUAUAUAUCUAGAUAUAUCUGGCUUCCUAGAUAGAGGAUAUAUAAGCUUGUCUAUAUAUAGAUAUAUCUGGUUAUUUAGAUAGAUGAUAUAUUAGCUUGUCUUUAUCUGGAUCUAUAUUUUGUUACCUAGAUAGAGGAUAUAAGCUUGUCUAUAUCUAGAUAUAUCUGGUUACCUAAAUAGAGGAUUUAUAAGCUUGUCUAUAUCUAGAUAAAUCUGGCUUCCUAGAUAGAGGAUAUAUAAGCUUGUCUACAUAUCUAGAUAUAUCUGGCUUCCUAGAUAGAGGAUACAUAAGCUUGUCUAUAUCUAGAUAUAUCUGGCUUCCUAGAUAGAGGAUAUAUAAGCUUGUCUAUAUCUAGAUAUAUCUGGCUUCCUAGAUAGAGGAUAUAUAAGCUUGUCUAUAUAUUUAAAUAUAUCUGGCUUCCUAGAUAGAGGAUGUAUAAGUUUGUCUAUAUAUCUAGAUAUAUCUGGCUUCCUAGAUAGAGGAUAUAUAAGCUUGUCUAUAUAUCUAGAUAUAUCUGGCUUCCUAGAUAGAGGAUAUAUAAGCUUGUCUAUAUAUCUAGAUAUAUCUGGCUUCCUAGAUAGAGGAUAUAAGUUUGUCUAUAUAUCUAGAUAUAUCUGGCUUCCUAGAUAGAGGAUAUAUAAGCUUGUCUAUAUAUUUAAAUAUAUGGCUUCCUAGAUAGAGGAUAUAUAAGCUUGUCUAUAUAUCUAGAAAUGAUGAGCUUAUGACCAUUACAUCUGUGAUAUUAUGAAUAUGAAAUACUUUUUUAGUACUGUUGAAUCCUUUGCUGUAUAUUGAAUAUCACUAUUGUUUUUAGUACUGUUGAAUCCUUUGCUGUAUAUUGAAUAUCACUAUUGUUUUUGCAAACAUAAAAACUAUGGGAAACAUUCAAUCAAGUUAAAAUAAAAAAAGUAUUUUAGAAAAAUCCAAAUUUCUAGCAACCAAAAAUUUAAAUUGAAUUUUAAAGCGCACCAAAAUUUUUAAUAAUUUUGAGGCUUUUAAUAUUUCUUAUUAUGGUUUUUUUCCCGUGAUUUUAAUGACGGUUGCACUAUAAUAUCCAGAACAAUGUCUAAAAGUUUGUUUUAAUCAAAUUAAGCGAACUUUAGACUUUUUCUGGUAUUUUUAUUUUAAAGAUUUAUUUUCAUU